GGACGAAGAGGGCAUUAGGGCAAUCCCUGCUUCUCUCUCGUCACCAAUCGCAGUCAGUUGACUAGUCUACAGCUGAGCAGCUAGAACUCAUAGCGACACCGCUUUCUUUUAGACAGUCGUGAGAUUGUAAUAGCCUAUAUUUUAAAUUCAGUCUGUAAUCGAGAAAUAUCGAGUAAGUGCAUAUAGUCACUAAAGUGGGACUGUCGCGGUGUAGGAGUUGUUGUGCGGCAAACCGCCCAUGACCAAAGCGCAUGGAAUAUUGGAAUAAACCGCGACGCACGAAUACACUUUCAACUGAAGAAACGAGUUGGCAGUAAAUGUUGUCCAUCGAAAAUCAGUCUUAUUAUAUUGGAGGUUACUUUUAUUUACUUCUCGAACCACUUUUAUUUCUUUGUCUGUUGCCCUUUGUUUUGGCUGUCAACACGACUGCUGGACUGGACACAGUCAUGCGCUCUGUCUCUCUAUUGUGACAUCGAGUUUCCGCAUUUUUCCUAGGCUAUUUAUGGUUUAUUUGAAUAGGGACAGAUAUAAACACAUUGAUAUAUCGAAUAAAUAAUUAUCUGAAACUUUGCACAGUGUGUAGGACCAUUUUCAACAGCUGUCAAAAGCCCAUAUAGGGAAAGGCUUCAUGAGAGUGAAGAGGACUUUCAAGGACUUCUGUUUCAUAGACCUUAUAGGACUUCAUAUUUCAGAACAGGACAGGAGCAACCAUGGGUGUCAGGCAGAGUAGCCCCGUGGCUAACAGUCGAACCCGGGCGUAUUCUAGCCCUGUCCCCCCGUCUGGAGGCAGCACUACCCCAGGGUUCAGAUACACAGCUGGGCCUGGUGGCCCCCAAAUUCACUACACCGGAUGGAACCAACCCAGCUCCUACCACCAGGUGUGUUUAUGAGUGUAAUGGAAGUCGUUUGGAACCACACUUGUGUGAUGAGUAACUGCCUGACACCUGAAGAUUUGUGUUAGCUCACCAAGCCAGUGCCAAGGCUUUUAGUUCAGGAGGCUUACACAGUCUUGUGGUACACAGGUUCAAACCUUGGUCAGUUAUGCCUGUGUAAUUCAGUCAAGUCUAUGUCCAGUAUCUUGAUGUUCAGUGUGUCUGUGUGUGUAUCCAACAGACGGGGAUUAGUAUACCUCAUGGCGGCCAGAGCAGGUCGGAGGUGUUCGGUAACAGUCUGGACCUGGAGGAGUCCGACUGGGAGAGAGGACAACACCGGCUGAUGAUUGGCUCGCUACCACUUCAUCUGUCCCCUCACCUACUGGGAGGUGGGUUAAAGUGUGUGUGUGUGUGUGUUCCCGGGCCUGACUGUCUACAUUACAUCUUAUUCCACAACAAGGAAUCUGGGCUGUUCUAACCCCCUCCUCUCACUGGGCUGUUCUAACCCCCUCCCCUCACUGGGCUGUUCUAACCCCCUCCCCUCACUGGGCUGUUCUAACCCCCUCCUCUCACUGGGCUGUUCUAACCCCCUCCCCUCACUGGGCUGUUCUAACCCCCUCCCCUCACUGGGCUGUUCUAACCCCCUCCCCUCACUGGGCUGUUCUAACCCCCUCUCCUCACUGGGCUGUUCUAACCCCCUCCCCUCACUGGGCUGUUCUAACCCCCUCCCCUCACUGGGCUGUUCUAACCCCCUCCCCUCACUGGGCUGUUCUAAACCCCCCUCCCCUCACUGGGCUGUUCUAACCCCCUCCUUUCACUGGGCUGUUCUAACCCCCUCCUUUCACUGGGCUGUUCUAACCCCCUCCCCUCACUGGGCUGUUCUAACCCCCUCCUUUCACUGGGCUGUUCUAACCCCCUCCUCUCACUGGGCUGUUCUAACCCCCUCCCCUCACUGGGCUGUUCUAACCCCCUCCUUUCACUGGGCUGUUCUAACCCCCUCCUUUCACUGGGCUGUUCUAACCCCCUCCCCUCACUGGGCUGUUCUAACCCCCUCCUUUCACUGGGCUGUUCUAACCCCCUCCCCUCACUGGGCUGUUCUAACCCCCUCCCCUCACUGGGCUGUUCUAACCCCCUCCCCUCACUGGGCUGUUCUAACCCCCUCCUUUCACUGGGCUGUUCUAACCCCCUCCUUUCACUGGGCUGUUCUAACCCCCUCCCCUCACUGGGCUGUUCUAACCCCUCCCCUCACUGGGCUGUUCUAACUCCCUCCCCUCACUGGGCUGUUCUAACCCCUCCCCUCACUGGGCUGUUCUAACUCCCUCCCCUCACUGGGCAGAUAAGAAGAGGAAAGAUAAAAGGAAGACUCAGUCACAUUAUGUGAAAUCCACACCCCCUCUCUUCCAGUGUGGGGCCAGAGGAACACAUUUAGGCCAGCAGAUAAGCACUUACUUUCUCCAUGACAUUUCACACACACACACACAGACACCGUGUACCGUGUCAGGACCUCUCACAUACUGGCCUCAUUCAUGUUCCAUUCUAUUGUGUGUUUGUGACAGUUUGCGAGCAAACACACACACACACACACAGGAGAGUGAGUUACGGUUGGAAUGGUGUCUGGGUCAGUCUGUAAUUGAUUAAUCUUUUCGUAUGGAACCAUGACUGAUGUCAUCAUGAUUAUUGACCUUUGGUCAUUAUGCAGAGUCAUCAUAACCACAUGGUUGACAUAUUUGUGUGUGUGCGCUGACAUGUCCGGUUCUAUAUGUCUCAGGGUUCCACUGUCCUGUGUGCAGUAAGUUUGUGGUGUCAGAUGAGAUGGAGAUCCACCUGGUCAUGUGUCUCACCAAGCCACGACUCACCUACAACGGUGAGUGUGUGUGACUAUAUGCGUGUCCCCAAUCAUCUCUGGUUUGUCUGCCUGUCCGUCGGGCCUGCUGGUUUAGAAUUCCUUCGGAUUGGCUAGUAUAGUAAUGAUGUCAGGAUGGUUAUGGUGGUGUGUCUGUGUCCCAGAGGACGUUCUGGAGAAGGAUAGUGAGGAGUGUGCAAUCUGUCUAGAUGAGAUGGAGCAGGGAGACGUCAUCGCUAGACUGCCCUGUCUCUGUAUCUACCACAAAGGGUAACUACACACACACACACACACACACACACACACACACCAACAUGAUCACAGUAAGAUGCUGUUAUUUUACUCAUGGUCCCCCCCUCUCUCCCUCUCUCUCAGGUGUAUAGACGAGUGGUUUGAGGUGAAUCGUUCGUGUCCAGAGCACCCCUCGGACUAAGGCCUCAGAUACCCACAGCAUGUCUACUAUCUAUCUACUUCAUCCAGAUCUACGUCUUCAUGACAUGCUGGCCUA